CACAACUUUUCAAUGCCACCAUGAAGAAGAGUAUGCAAAUAACUCCAAUUACUCCAUCGUUCUCCCAACUGUCCGCCAUACGAUUUUUCCCAUGAAGUAUCCAUUUAUGUCCCAAAUGAGACGCAAUGCACAGUGUUUUCCAAUACAGUGCAUACACUGUUAAAUUAACAAUGACUAACCACUUGUUAAUUACGAGUAAUUGCAGCACAAACUGAUAAAUCAUCGGCAAUAGAAUGAGUUCCAUUUCUGAAAACAAAUUCAAACCCUUGAUACGAUGAUUAAAGGACGAAAAGAUCAACCACUGUACUACACUCUUCUGUAAAAACGUAAUGUAUGGAUAACCUAAUAAAUUCCAAGUUCGUCCUUUUUUUGUAGAACAAAUCUAAGCCCCAAGUUCCACAAAGACAAGUCCAAGUCCAUGGAGUAACUGACCUGUCGAAUUGAUAAUUGAACAACAUUAUGCUCCUAUAUCCCUUCAUUUUUCUCACUAUAAAAUCAGCACCUUAUUCUCUAGUAGAAUCAAACUACUCAAGAUCUGCUUACAGUUUUGCAUCUAUCUCAAACAUGGGUUCCUCAAAAGUAUUGCAUAGUCCCAAGAACAGCCAUUUUACCAAUGUUUCCACAGCCUUAUUGCUCUUGGCUCCUCUUCUUGCCAGCCUACACACCACAGUUGCCCAAAUCGGAGUUUGUUACGGGAGGGUAGGCAGCAACCUGCCACAACCGGGCGAAGUCGUAGCACUCUUCAACCAGAACAACAUUCGAAGGAUGCGACUCUACGACCCGCACCAACCCGCACUGGACGCCCUGAGGGGGACGGACAUCGAGCUCAUGCUCGACGUCCCCAACGACCAGCUCCGGUCGGUCGCCUCCAGUCAGGGCGCCGCCGACGCGUGGGUCAGAGACAACGUCGUCGGGUACGCCGCCGCUGGCGUCCGGUUCAGGUACAUCACGGUCGGGAACGAGGUCGACCCGGCCGACGGCCGGUUCGCCCCGUUCCUGUUCGGGGCGAUACAGAACAUCCAGACCGCAUUGAACGAUGUCGGUCUGGGAGACCGGGUCAAAGCCUCGACCGCCUUCAAGUUCGAUGUCAUGGGCAACGCCUUCCCGCCGUCGGAUGGAUCAUUCAAUCAGCAGUACCGCAGCCUCCUCGAUUCGAUCCUCCCCUUCCUGAGGAACAACAACUCCCCGAUGAUGUUGAACCUGUACCCGUUCUUCAGCUACCGCGACAAUCCCGGUAAUAACCCGGGCCAGAUCCGGCUCGAUUACGCAACCUUCACCGGUCCGCCCGGUUUGGUCUCCGACCCACCUCUGAGCUACAGUAACUUAUUCGACGCGAUGCUUGACGCGACUUACUCUGCUCUAGAAAAGAAAGAGAUGGGAUCUCUGAACAUCGUGGUGUCGGAGACCGGAUGGUCGUCGGCCGGUGGUGGGGAUGCCACGACGGUGGAUAAUGCAAGGGCUUACAACUACAAUUUGGUUCAACAUGUUAAGGUUGGGACCCCGAAGAGGACUGGGCCGAUUGAGACGUACAUUUUUGCAAUGUUUGAUGAAGGGGACAAGGAACCGGAAUUGGAGAAACAUUUUGGGCUUUUUAGCCCGGAUAGGCAGCCCAAGUACCCGAUGAAUUUCAAUUGAACGGCGGGAAUGGUUUGAUUAUAGAGAGAGAUUAUGCAUAACAUAAAGCUUAAUUAUCUAUUAUGAAGUUGUGGGUAAAAUAAGAGAGCAUGAGCUUUGUUCCCUCCCUAAUAUCUACAAACUAUACAGGGAGCACAAUGUCUUUGUGUGUGUGGGGCAGAGGAUAAUGAAAUACUAUACUAUUUAUGUAUUGAUGUGGCAUAAAGAGAGUGUUUGGAA